AUGUCCGACAAGGAAGGUGAGGUUGAGCUUCGAGCUCUGGAAUCUCUGAUGGAGAGUCUCCAAGCCAUGGAUGGGACCGUUGAGGACAGUGAGGGAGGCGAGGAGCAUCCGCCAGCCGAGUUCGAGCCCUUUGACGAGCUUGGACAUGAUUGGAACCAGGUUGAACCUGCUCAGGAGUCCCACCAUGGUCCGUCUGACGCGAUACAGCAACAAGAGGGAAGUGACCAGCAACAACAGCAACCACACAAACAACUAGAGCAUCGACAACGAAAGGAAAGCCAAGAUGGAGAGCAGCAGGGGGAGAUUGAUCUUUCAGGUUUGCUAGCCAAUGUCCAGACUUUGAUGGGAGGUGGCUCCCUGGAAGGGUUAUGGAAUGUAGAUCAUGAUGAGCCCGGGCAACAGCAGCAGGAGGACCAGCCCAAGGAAACGCCUGAGGAUCCUCAAGUUCAGGAACCGAAGCCUGUUCAGGAGCAGCCCCAAGAACCGCAGGACCGUGACGAAGAUGUGACUACUCAGGAAUGUGAGCCUGCUCCAGAGCAACAACGCGUUGACGCGUCGGAAAGCAACAAUGACGAUUCUGAGAUGUUUUCUCUUCCUGAGGGACUAGCGGAGCUGACGGAAACGUUGAAGGGUCUUCCUCAUGAGCUUGGGGAGCAGCUGCAGGAGUCUGAAGACACUGCUCCUGACCAGGACGCGCUGGCUGCACUCACGGAGGUUAUCAAUGCUCAUGCUCAACGCCAACAGGAGGCAGAUACUGUUGAGGGUCAGACCCAGGAGGCUGUCAAGGCCGAUAAACCUACCAGCCCUGCUCCCGAAGCUGCUUCUGAGCCGUUCGAGACUUCUCACAAGCAGUUUCCUGUUUCUGAGUCGCCUGAGACUGCUCCAAAGGAGCCUUCUCGACCUACCGAGGAGCCAACAGUUGCCCAGCCUUCGGAAGACGACAUUUCAUUGGCCGUCACCGCUCUUUCUGACGCGAUAUCUGCCUCUAACACCCAGACUCAGACAGAACAACCUGAGGAGGAUAGGCAGGAGAAGCCAGAAGAGCCCCAAUCGCAGGCUGAGGAACUUCGAAAGGAUUGUCCAGCGGAUAAGGAUGUUGCUCAGCAGGCUGUACCCGAACCGUCUCAGAUGCAACCGGACGCGCAAAAGGAACGACCACAAGAGCCACAGGAGCAGCCGCGGCCUCAGAAGGAGCCCCGGUCUGAGGAGCAGGUAGAACUACCAUCGCUGGAUUCACAAUCACAGGAUGACCACCGGUUGUCAUCUCUCGGAGGUCUUGGUGAUCUUGGUGAGCUGACGGGUGGUAUCGAAGCUACCCUGGAGGCGGCUCUAGGAGCCGUCAACGACGCUGUGAUGAAGCAGGGCGAGAAGGAACAAAGUCAUGAAGGACCUGAGGAUAUUGCACAUGACACGGAACGUCCUCAGGAGCCUGAGCCGUUUCACCAGGACUUUCAGUUCGAGGGUUCUGCUGAUGAUUUGGCAGAACUCCGACGAACUCUGGAGUCUGAGGUUGCUGCUGCCACGGAAAGACAAAAACAACAGCAGCAGCAGCACCGACAGCCUGAACCUCCUCUUGAGGAGCAUAUUGAGCCGUCCCUUCAAGGUGGCGUUGGUGACACCUCCACGAUUGACCCUGAUCUGAUGGGCCAAGGUGAGAAUGACAAGGGCAAGGAGCCUGCUGGAGCAGCCGAGUUGACUGAGGGUUUUAAUCUCGACUUCGGUGACAUUGAAAAGCUCAUCACUCAAAGUCUGAACGAGAAACGGCGUGAAAGUAUCAACAAGCGGAAAGAGAGUAUCAGUGACAUUACCUGGCAGCAGCUUCAGCAGCAUUUACACGGAUUGCAGCAGGGUGAAGAGAGUGCUGUUUACGACGACGAUCUGCCUGCCCAGCAAGUUCCCCAACCCCGUCAGCGACAGACGCAGCCUCGUUCCCGGCCCAAUUUUGCUCCUAGACGUCCCCGAUCUCCUCAGCCUGACCAUGAGCAGCAGCUGAAGCAACAGAUGCAUCAGUUCCAGAUCGAACGACCUGCUCAGUCUUCCCAGAGCCAACAGCACCAACAGCCUGUUCAGCCGUCUCAACAGCAGAUAGCCAUUACUCCUGCUCAGCAUUUCCAGCAGAGCUCCUCCACCUCUUCCCAAUCCCAAGUUUCUCAGCCUCAACCGCAGACCGAAGAAGAACCCAUCAACGAGAUUCUGAUGAACGCUCUGGCCAUGGCUAUGAACGAAGAAGGAGCAGAGGAGCCUCAACAUCGACCUUUGCCUGACCAAGGACAGAUUGAUUUUACAAAGUUUGACGGUUUGGAGCCCGAAGAGAGUGCAGAAAAUCUGUCUUUGGACCAAGAGUCUUCUGCUGCACUGCUUGAAACGCUCAUCUCGUCUGGUGUUAAUGUGGACCAGUCCUUUUUAGACCAGCUGUCUACUUCUGCUGGAAAGGGAGACUCUUCACAGAUGUCUGUGAACACUCUUCGUCAGAAGCGAGCUGCUGAUUCGAUGAUUGAGCCCUCUGGAGCUGCUAAGCGGUUCCGAAACAGUAACCAAAAUAACAAUGCUAUUACUGCACAGGACGAUGGUGAGGAUCCCAUUCUGGCUGCAUUUCUGCUUGCCAAGCAGGUUAUUUCGCAGACUCAACAGGAAGAUGAUGAUGACGUCUCUCCUGAUGCUAUCGAGGCCAUCCAGGCUGCUCUGGAUAGUCUUGGGCCCGCAGAUGGGUAUCCCUAUAAUCUGCGACGAAAGUCUCAGGGCUUUUCCGAGCAGCACCGAGAGGAAAUUCGAGAAGCCAACCGAAACAGAAAGAAGCAGUGGCGAGUCAUCAAUUCAGAUCGGAACAAAGACAAUGAUCUGCGGUGUCGAGUGCACAAGCGAGCCAACGUCAAAUUUGGACCAGACGACUCCGACGAAAAGUCCAAGUGGAUCGACGCCGAGUACACCAAGAGACGUCGAAAACGGUUGCAGCGUUCGGAGAUGGCCGAGCGAAAUCGCCAGGAGGAACAGUUCUUACCUGGCGCUGAGCACUUGCGAACACUGUUGGAGUCGCUGGGUGAGAUUGACGCAUUGGAGAACUUCAACAAUGCCAUUUCGUCCCUCAUCAAGGACCCCAAGCUGCUGCAAGAGGUCACGGCCAAGGUCAACGAGGGAGGCAAGGUGCUCAACGGGUCUUUGGAGGGCAUUGCUGGUCUGCUGACAGUUAACCUCAACGGAGGAAAUGGAGCAGCUCCACGGCCUGGACUCAACACUUCUGGUGGAGGCAAGAUUCUGUCUUUCAAGCUGGAUCACCACAAUCAUGCUCUUCCUUCAGACGUGGCUCUCGAGGCUGCUAACAAGCCCAUUUUCAACAUCCAUGAACCCGUGAAGGAGCCUCUCAACCUGAACUCUAUGGGACCUUCUUCCUCGUCUCAGCCCUUUCUGCCUCUUUCUCCUGUUGUGGAGCCCGUCUUACCUCCCCCGAAGCCUAAGCCCCCGAAGCCUACAAAGAAGGUGGAAGACAUGACUAUGGAGGAGCGACUGGAGUAUAUCAUGCAGACUGAUCCCGAGGACCGAGUGGAUCUUAAACAGGAUGAGGUCCCCGAGGAGACUAUUGUGGAUCCGAAGUUCGAGAAGCAACUGGCUGCUAUCACUGGAGAUGUGGGAUCUGUGAACCUGACUGGCACCAGACCACCGCCAGUUUCUCAGGUUGCUGCUGAACAUCGACCCCCGCCUUUCUGGGGCAAGACUCCCAGCACCAACUCGCCGUCCAUGGGUCAUCAGGGAAGCCCUGGUCCAAUGCCUGCGUCUUUUAAGUCCCACCUUCUGGGAGGGGACAGGGACACCCCGAUCAUCAAGCCACCACAGUACAGCGUUCCUUCCAAGCCCAGAGCUGGUGGAGUUGCCGGUGCUUUUGCUUCUCGAAUCGAGGACAAGAAGGCUGCUUCUUUGGGCUUCCCACCACUAUUGGCAGCUUUCAGAGACAAGAUGGAGUAA